UUUGUGUGCGUCCGAGUACAUCCGAGUGUGUGUAUGUGUGCACCAAACCAAAACAACCAUCACCAAUCUAAUACCGUUCGUAUUUCACCGUAACCUCGUCCAAAAAGGCGCGUCAACCGUAGGAUUGCCAGUAAAGCCUUCCACCGUUUCUCCCCAAAGGACUAGCACCGCAUGACAUCGUUGGCUACGACUACGACGACUCGUCUCCUGAUGCGCCACGCUGGGAAGCGUUCCCCGUGGACGCGACGGACUCGGAUGGCGGACGUCUCGACCCGUCGCUGGAUGGGAUCACCCGAGACCCGAGCGUUGUCCAGCGUCAGCGUCACACCCUUGUCGACGCAACCGGACGUGGAACUCUCCGUGCGUCAACGAGAGUACUACACGCAGGGAUGGAUUGGAUCCGACGGACUCACGGCGUUCGAAACGUUGCACGAAAUGCAGACCCGAUCGUGUCAAGUCUUUGCGGAAAAACGCUUGUUCGGAACCUACAGUGACGCCAGUAAGGCUUACGAAUGGAUCUCCUUUGCCGAAUUUGACCAGGCCGUCAGUGUGUGUCGGGCCGUCUUGCGAGACUUGGGCGUGCAGGAGCACGACAAGGUCGGUUUGAUCAGCAACAACCGCGUCGAAUGGGUCACCAUUGCCUGCGCCGCGUACUCACUCAACGCCAACGUCGUACCUAUGUACGAGGCCCAGCUGCCCUCGGACUGGACCUACAUUCUCAACGACUCGGGGGCCAAGGUCGUCUUUUGCGCCACCACCGACAUUUACGACGUUGUCCGCUCCCAGGUCCGCAUCAACGUGCCCACGCUGCAGGCUAACGUCUGUUUGGACGCCCCGGAUGGUGAACCCUUUGCGUACUCGACACUCAUGCACCACGCCACGGCCGACGUCGACGGACAAUUCGUCAAACUACCCACUCCGGACGAUCUCGCCAAUCUUAUUUACACCUCCGGAACGACGGGCAAACCCAAAGGCGUCGAGUUGACGCACGAAAAUUUUUGUAGCAACGUCAAGGCCGGCUGCCGAUCUCUCGGCGACGUACGCAAGCUCAUUAAGGAUGACGACGUCAGCUUGGCCUUUUUGCCCUGGGCACAUAGUUACGGACAAACGGCCGAGCUCUGGAGUAGCAUGGCUCACGGUUCCAGUAUGGGAAUAUCGCGUGGUGUCAGUCAUAUUCUAGAAGACUUGCAACUCGUCCAGCCCACCGUGCUCUUUGCCGUCCCGACCUUGUUCAAAAAGAUUUACGACGGUGUGCACAACGCCAUGGAAGCCGCACCGCCCUUGCGUAAGAAACUCAUGAAGGCCGCCCUGUCGUUGGGACGGGAACGGGUCGCCGUAAACGAAGGGACGCGGGAUGCACUAGGCUUCAUCGAACGGACCAAACUCGGCGUGCUGGACAAACUCGUGUUGGGUAAAAUUCGGGCCCGCUUCGGUGGAAAGCUCCGGCACGCCUUCGUGGCGGGUGCCGCCUGUCCGCCCGAAGUCUUGUCCUUUAUGGACGACGUGGGCAUCCAAGUAUGCGAGGGAUACGGAUUGACGGAAACAUCCCCGAUCAUUACCAUUAACACUCCGGAGUAUCGCAAAGUGGGUUCGGUGGGGAAAGCCAUUGGCGGUGUGACGGUCCACAUUGUCGACGAAGAAGGCAAGGAAUUACCGAUUGGUGAAGAGGGUGAAAUAUGCUGUACCGGACCCAAUAUUAUGCGCGGAUACUACGGGAACGCCGAAGCCACGGCCGAAGUCAUUACGACCGCCCCGGAUGGCAAAACGCGCAUGUUUCAUACGGGAGAUUUGGGACGUAUGGGAGAAGAUGGCUUUCUGAAAGUAACGGGUCGACUCAAAGAAUUGUACAAACUGGAAAACGGCAAGUACGUUUGUCCUACGCCAAUUGAAGAAGGGAUUGGUAUGAGUCGUUUCAUUGCGCAAGUCGUCUUGACCGGAGCCAAUCAACCGUUCAAUGUCGCCUUGGUAGUGCCGGAAUGGCCCGCUAUUCGCGCCGAACUGGGUUUGGACGACAGCGUUUCGGACGACGAACUCGCCAUGAAUGAAAAGGUCCGUGCCUUGGUCGAUGCCGACAUUAAGAUCAAGUGCAAGAAUAUGAAAAAGUUUGAAGUACCGCAGAACUGGGCCUUUGUUGCACCGUUUACCGCUGCCAACGAUAUGCUGACCCCUAAAAUGAGCAUUCGUCGACACAAGGUCAUUUCGACAUACAAUGACAUUAUCGCCGCCAUGUAUGAUUCGGAAUCCAUCGAAAAGGAGGAAGUACAGCGCAAAGCAGCCUAGUGGAAUACAUGUGUACGAAAAAAGAAGCGCAACAUAGUUCUAAUGAAUACAAAUGGCAUUGAAAACAUUUUUGUCUCGAAGCGUUUCGACAUCCCGUAAAUAAACUUUUUCUGGAAAUGUGCGCAGUUGCGUAGUAAUUGGCCAGGCCACAACUUUCCGGUUUUCCGGUGAAGCCGAUGCCAGUGCUAGAUGGUUCACCAGUACAGACGAAAGUCUCGGGCAGUGUGGGCACAACCAUGGCGGAACCGUCCGAGGACAACUGUCCAGAGUACGCUGGCUUUCGAGAGGAAGCUCUGUUUUGUGAUGUAGACACGUUGAUUGUUGAGUAUUUCGAAGAGAGUCCUGACAUACAAAGUUCCUUGCAGGAUGCCACUUCUAGUGAAUGCGCAUUGUCGAGAGAGGAAAGGCGAAGCCCUGAGUCUGGCAAUAAUAUAAAUAGUGAGCCCGCCUUAGCCCGGAGAAAUGCGCAGAUCCAAGACGUGAACACAGACAAAAACUCCAAUGUUUCGAUUGGAACACAAGGCAGGCCACACCUUAGGAAUUCAAUUCCACCGACUCAUACUGUGGGACCCUCUCCAUUGAGAUAUCCUCUGGUUCUAGGCCUGGAAGAAGCUCGAUUCUCAAUUGACACAAUCAACAACGGGCAAUCAGACCUUCUUACGGGUCAUUGCCGUUUGGAGCGCCCUGACCCCAAAAUUGUUGCCAGAACCGGUAUGGAAGACGAGGGUACCCUUCGUCUGGCUCCACUUAUGGCAACAGAACUCCAAAAGGCUGACGACAAGAGAGGUACCUACAAGCUUGGUGUCAA